GACUCCAGCGCAGCUGCAUUCCGUGGCCCACAGACGUGGUCAUUUCCCAGAUGCUGUCUUUGAGUCAACCUUGCUUCUGGACUCUCCUGAUGCUGUUGGCAUCAAACUUCCUUCUGUGGAAGAAUGUGGCCCCUGUGCCCAUGUAUGCCAGUUUGGAUGAAUAUGGUGAGAUGUCCAUAUAUGACCUGCUUGAUCACGUCACCAUACUAUCUCAUAAUGUCAGUGAGCUCACUGCAGAAAUGCACAGGAUAUUUAUGGAGGAUGUGCGAUAUAAACCAGGCAGGUGGUUCUCUGACAGAUACCUUACUGCCUGCCACACAUCUACAUUGACUAUUUCAGUGUCUAAGGAGGGAGCCCGACAGAUGCCGGGUGUAUUCCUUGUGAAAGAGAUGAUCAGUAUGUUGACAGCUUGGAGAUAUCCUCUGUAUCACAUAAUAACUGAACUGAGUUAUAUGGAGCAAGCUCCAGAUGAGAUCAUAUCAAGAGCCAGAAAUAUUGAAGAAAAAAUCAUAGUACUUAUAGAAGCUCUUAGAGGGAUACUCAGCAAGAUUCAGCCUGGACCCCCAGAAAAUGAGAGAUAUCCCGUGUGGAAUGAACUGGCAUCCUUGCAGUCACCUGAUGAAGACCUUCGCCAUCUUACAUUAUUUAACUUAUUCCAGUGCUUGGUCAAGGAUUCACGUAAGAUUGACUCUAGUAUCAGGCUUUUGAAGUGCAAACUUCUCUAUAACAGAGAUUGUUAAUCUCACAACCAUCCAAUUUACUUUUAGAGUGAUCUUUUUAAUCUAUCUUAUUUUAACCAAUUUAUAAUUUGUAACUUUGAAUGAAUGUUAUUGUGUGAAGAAUCCUUCAUUAGAAAUAAAAACAGACUCUUUAAACAUG